CUGCAUACACCUGAAUGGUCUGAGAGUAAUCUGGGAAUUUCUUUUAAAUCACAUGGUUCAAUCCACACAUAAAGAAACUCAAAAUGAGGAGUCCUUACCUGGAACUGUUCCAUCUUCAGAACCUGCACCUCCUCCAUCUUCUCCCACUUUUGAAAAGCCAUGGAGGGAAAUACCUUGGGGAGACAGAGACAGAGAUCUGAAGUAUGUGCAGCAUUACAAACCCUCAAAGGGCAGUGUCAAACAUCUCAGAGUUAUGCUUUAUGGUCCAGUUGGAUCUGGAAAGUCCAGCUUCAUCAACUCUGUCAGCAGCAUCCUACGAGGCAGAAUGGCCAUUCCAGCUGCAGUCAGUGCAGCCACCUCUGAAAUCAGUUUCACCACCAAAUAUGAAACUCAUAAAAUUGAACGAGAGGAUGGAUUUUACCCACUGGUCUUCAACGACAUCAUGGGCCUGGAGGAUGGGACCAACACAGGUGUCCAGACUGAGGACAUCAAACUGGCCAUGAUGGGACAUGUGAUGGAUACUUACCUGUUCAAUUCUAAAUCACCAUUGUCGAGUGGAUGUUUGGGCUACAACAAAAACCCCUCUGCAGAUGACAGAUGUCACAUUCUGGUUUGUGUCAUCUCUGCAAACACAGCAGAAACUAAACCAUCAGUUCUGCAGAAGAUGAAGACCGUCAGAGAGGCAGCCCGAGACCUGGGGAUUCCUCAAGUGUGUAUCCUCACCCACAUUGACGAGGCCUGUGGUAUAACUGAGAGCAAUCUGAAGAACGUCUACCACAGCAAAUACAUAAAGAGAAAGAUUGAAGAGUUGAGCUCGACUGUUGGAUUUCCAAUGAACUGCAUCUUUCCUGUGAAGAACUACAGUGAAGAACACAGAUUAGACAAUGACAUUGACUCUCUGAUCCUGGAUGCACUUCAAAGCAUAAUUAACUUUGGAGAUGACUUCAUUAAGAAACUGUAAACAUACAUGUUACUGUCUGAUACACUCAAUGUGAUUUAAUCCCAGCGUGACAUGAUUAAUAUUGUUACUGUUUCUCAUGGAUUCAGGAUGAGGUGACUCUGUCAGUGUCAGCAUAUCUGGACAUAUUUGGAUUAAACGGUCAUCCAUUUUAACGCUGAUUCAAACGAACAGUAAAGACCAUGUCAAGACCCCAGAGUCUAGUUUGUUGAUGAAGACUUGCUCAUGUUUUGCAUAUUGAAUGAUUUUUGUUCUGAUUUAAAUUGAGGUAUUCAUUGAUUUUUGCCAUGAUUCAUUUUCUUUAGUGAUUAAUUCACCUUUGUUAAUUAUUUGAAUUGAGUGAUUUAAUUUUGUCUCACUAUAUAAUUCAGAUCACAGAUAAUGUUCUACACAUGAAUGUAAAUCUUGUACUCUAUGUUUGUGUGAAUUCUUACAUUUUUGAGAUCAAGUAAAAUCUUAAC